AUGCCAACUUCCGGUGACCAAUCGCAGAUCGCCGCCGUAGCAGCACCCUUCCACAGCGACGUACUUGAAGCCAUCCUCUCCCACCUGCCGCUCAUCCACUUAGUUCAGGCAUCACUCGUAUCCAAAACCUGGUACAAAGUCAUCUCAUUCAUCCUUCUCAAAUACCAAAAAUCCAAACCAUGGUUAAUACUCCAUACUCAGUACUCAAGGUCGCCGUACUUGACGACGACGGAGGCCUACGAUCCGGCGUCAAACUUGUGGAUCGAGAUUCAUCAACCGUCAAUCGAUUAUGUAUCCCCUCUCCGAUCAUCGCAGUUAAAUCUUCUCUACAUGUUGUCACCGUCCAAGCUUUCUUUCUCGUUCGAUCCGCUCCACCUGACGUGGCACCACACGGUGGCGCCGCGAGUAUGGCGGAUUGACCCUAUCGUUGCCGUCGUUGGCAAGCACGUUGUCGUUGCUGGCGGUGCUUGCGAUUUCGAGCAGGAUCCACUAGCCGUCGAGAUCUACGACAUUGAAUCACAGAAAUGGACCAAACUGGAGCCUAUGCCGGAGUUUUUCAAAGAGUCUGCAUCUUCAACGUUCCACUCAAUAGCCUCCGACGACCGUCGUCUCUUCGUCAUGGAGAAAAACUCUGGCGUAUUGCAUACGUUCGAUCCUGUGACGAAUACCUGGUACGGUCCGUAUGAUUUACAUCCUGAUCAUCUAGUUUUUCAUUCCAGUAUCGGAUUCUCCAACAACAGAUUGAUUCUGAUCGGGAUGUUAGAUGAUUGCAACGAUUUCAUCGGCAUUAAGCUGUGGGAAGUGAAUUGGCAAUCAUUUGAGUUCGUUGAAAUUGCAGAGAUGCCGGCGGAUCUGGUUGCGAAAUUGAAGGGAGAUGAUUUGGAAAUUUCUUCGAUCGAAGUUCGUAUAGCAGGAAACGUAGCUUACAUUUACAAACCGUGGCUUGUUGAAGAGGUGAUAGUGUGUGAGUUUUCCGAGUCCGGUAAAUGUAGGUGGCGGAGCACGACGGCUAAUUCGGUGGCGAGUGAUCGGAGUAUAACUGAAAGAUUCGUUUUUACGUGCUCAAUGGUAGGGAUUGAGGAACUCCGUCGAGCCACACUGUCGACGGUGAAUCGGAGGUUUCGGUUUAAACGGUGA